UUCACUGCUAUAUCAUCUAACACAAAAUCCCCUUACAUUUUCUAAAACAUGACCUCCUCAAAGUCUUUUGUUGCUUUUGGCCUUCUCUUGGCUGUUUUUCUUUUCGUUUCUUCUGAGGUUUCUGCUCGUCAGCUAGCUGAGACUACUGUCGAACAAACUCAGGUAAAAUCUACAGAUGGAUAUCAUGGCGGACAUGGACAUGGUCAUGGUGGUCAUGGACAUCUAGAAGGAGAGGCAAAUGAAGUUAACCCAGAAAGUUAUGGACAUGGAUAUGGUCACGGUGGUCAUGGACAUGGACAUCCAGAGGAAGAAACUAAAGAAGUUAGCCUAGAAGGUUAUGGACAUGGCCAUGGUGGUCAUGGACACGGGCAUCUAGAGGGAGAGAACAAAGAAGUUAACCCAGAAGGUUACGGACAUGGUCAUGGUGGUCAUGGUCACGGGCAUCGAGAAGGAGAAAACAAAGAAGUUAACCCAGAAGGUUACGGACAUGGUCAUGGUGGUCAUGGUCACGGGCAUUUCGAGGGAGAUAACAAAGAAGUUAAUCCUGAAGGUUAUGGACAUGGACAUGGUCAUGGUGGUCACGGUCACGGGCAUCUAGAGGGAGAGAACAAAGAAGUUAACCCUGAAGGUUAUGGACAUGGUCAUGGUGGUUAUGGUCAUGGUGGUCAUGGUCAUGGACAUCUAGAGCGAAAGACCAAAGAAGUUAAUACUGAAGGUUAUGAAAAUGGUCAUGGUGGUCAUGGCGGUCAUGGAGGUCAUGGUGGUCAUGGACAUCUAGAGGAAGAAAAUAAAGAAAUUAAUCCUGAAGGUUAUGGACAUGGACAUGGUGGUCAUGGUCACGGGCAUCUAGAAGGAGAGAGCAAAGAAGUUAACCCAGAAGGUUACGGACAUGGUCAUGGUGGUCAUGGUCACGGGCAUUUCGAGGGAGAUAAUAAAGAAGUUAAUCCUGAAGGUUAUGGACACGGACAUGGUGGUCACGGUCACGGACAUCUAGAGGGAGAGAAUAAAGAAGUUAACCCUGAAGGUUAUGGACAUGGUCAUGGUGGUCACGGUCAUGGACAUCUAGAGAGAGAGACCAAAGAAGUUAAUACUGAAGGUUAUGAAAAUGGUCAUGGUGGUCAUGGCGGUCAUGGUGGUCAUGGAGGUCAUGGCGGUCAUGGACAUCUAGAGGAAGAGAAUAAAGAAGUUAAUCCUGAAGGUUAUGGACAUGGACAUGGUGGUCAUGGUCACGGUCAUCUAGAAGGAGAGAGCAAAGAAGUUAACCCAGAAGGUUAUGGACACGGUUCUGGCUAUGGUCACAGUGGUCAUGGUUAUGGCCAUGGUGGCCACUACCCACCAAAGGAACAAAUUGGUAACUAAGCUCAUGAUUCCACCGUAUCAUGCAAUAUAGCAUAGUUUGGUAAGUGCGUGUUUAUGUUAGAGAACAAGUAAGUCGAGCAUCUGAGUUGUUAUGAAAUAAUACAUGUACGUUCUUGUCCUAUGUAAUAUCCUAAGAUUUAGUGUGGGAAAGAUGAAAGGACAUGAUAUACAAAUGCACGUCGGUGAAGUGACGCUUCUAUCUUUAUGUAUUCUGUUUACGUUGGAAUCUAAUGAACUCAAAUUUUAUUAGCA